AGGUAUAGAGUUUUGGGGAGUGCAUAUAAUCAACAUAUUAUCGAAGGUGCUUAGAUAUUGAUCCUCUAUUUCGAGGUAGUUCAAAUUCACCUCUCCUGGCCACUUCGGGUCUGACCUUAAUUUUUUUUUAUUUCCCCGUGCUUGGUGGAGAAUAAUUCACGCGUAAAAUGCCGAAGAGAAAGUCCGAGGGUCCCGAGGGCAAGGAGGCCUCCAAAGUCACCAAACAGGAGGAGACACUCAGAAGGUCAUCGAGAUUGUCCUUGCUGAGGCAUACUGCACCCAAGCCUGAGGCCAAGCCCAAGAAGGCCAUCGUGAAGAAGGUGGUCGACGAUAAGGGGGCGAAGGCAAAGAAAGGCGGCCCCAAGGGGAAGAAGGACGACGGUCCUGCCCAGAACGGAGAGACCAAGACCAAUGAGGUACGAGGAAGGGAAAACGCACAAAUUGCAAAAGAAAAAAAUUGCAUAUUUAUUUAGGAACACGCAAGAAAUUAAUGAUCUUUAUUUCCUUAUUUUGUCAAUUUGUGUGUAUAACACUUGUGUGCAUGUUCCAUACCUACACUCCUCCAUAACCCGCUGCACAAUCACAUCUGUUACUUACUACCAAUGCAUCUUUUUUUGCUUAAAUGUAUACACGCUCAUGCACACAAACACACACACACACGCACACAGAUCUAUGUGUCUCGUCCGUCUGUCAGUGUGUCCUCCAUCAGAAGCAUGGCUCCCUCCAUGAUGUCAGUGAGAGGGCAGAGUGAGACAGUCAGAGUUAAGGGUAUGGCUGAGUGUUUCUAACCCACCAUCGGUUUGUGUGUGUUUGGACGCUAACACUUUUGCAGCAAUCGUGUGUUAACCCUCUGAACUCCGAACCCCCGGCAUGCUACUUUAAAGAAAAGCACCCAGAUUACACAACUUUUCAAAACCAGAAAUGGUAAAAACAUGAAAAAAAAAUCAGGAAAUUUGGUGACUGACGUGCAGUUCUAAGAAGGAAAAUUAACCAAAUCUAAGCUUGGAACCAUGAUUUAGUCAUCAUUGUCACUUAGAUCUACAAGUCUAGUUUUAAAAUUUGUUAGACAAACUUUUAAUGCUCCUCGGCACAACUCGGAAACCAUGUCUGGCUCAGGAUGCGACCCCCAGUCUUGCAACAAAAAUCCUGGGUACAUUUGGCUGAACUGCAGGCUGUGU